AUGAACCACAGCAUCGUAUCUGAGUUUAUUUUUCUAGGCCCCACUGAAAAGGCUGAACUUCAGGGAAUUUUCUUCCUUGCUUUUCUAUUUAUCUCUGUGGCUUUGCUUGGUAAUAUGCUCAUCAUCAUUGCCAUAAUCUAUAAUACCACCCUGCAUACGCCCAUGUACAUCUUCCUUCUGGCACUGGCUACUGUGGACAUCAUCUGCACAACAAGCAUUCUACCAAAAAUGCUAGGGACCAUGCUAACAUCUGGGAAGACCAUCUCAUUUGCAGGCUGUAUGUUCCAGCUUUUCUUCUUCACGUGGUCCCUGGGAGCUGAGAUGGUUCCCCUUACUGCAAUGGCCUAUGACCGCUAUGUGGCCAUCUGUUUCCCUCUUAGGUACAAGACUAUCAUAAACUACCAUAUGUGUGUGGCCCUGUUCAGCAUUGUCAUGGUUAUCGCAAUCAUCAAUUCCUGGGUGCACACAGGUCUCAUCCUCAGGUUAACUUUCUGUGGUCCAAAUAUCAUUGAUUACUUCUUCUGUGAGAUACCCCCACUGCUAGCUUUGUCAUGCAGCCCCGUGAGAAUCAAUGAGGCGAUGUUGUAUGUGGCUGACAUUACCCUGGCCAUGGGGGAUUUUACCCUUACCUGCUUCUCCUAUGGCUUUAUCAUUUCUGCCAUUCUCCACAUCCGCACAGCAGACAGCAAGAGGAAGGCCUUCUCAACAUGCUCAUCCCAUCUCAUAGUAGUGUCCCUUUACUACACCCCUGUAAUCUACACCUAUAUCCGCCCUGCUUCUAGCUACACAUUUGAAAGGGACAAGGUAGUAGCUGCACUCUACACUCUUGUCACUCCCACAUUAAACCCAACUGUGUACAGCUUCCGGAACAAGGAAAUGCAGGCAGGGAUCAGGAAAAUGUUUGCAUUUCUGAAACAUUAG